AUGGCGGCAGAGCCCCCCGCUGCAGCUGCUGGGCAGGAACGAGCUCCGAGGAGGGUUGGAGCUGAAACCGAAGUUGAUCCGCCAGCAGUCAUCAACGUGGGAAGAGGGGCUGAUGUUGUGUUACCCUGCUCUCUCAGCACCAAGGAGGACAUUACGUUUAAAGUGUUUGUCUGGAGGAGGAAAGCUCCUCAGGAACAUGAAGGUCAGAAGGAGGUGUUCCUGUAUGACAAAGGCAUCGAUAACAGAGAAUCAUCAGAAAUACAACGAUAUCCGACAGUGGAGAAUACAGAUGUGAUUUUCCUCGUCUUCAGCCACGUCAAACAUUCAACAUUGAGCUUGUUUGUUGAGCCGUCAAAGGUCAUCAAAGUGGAAGAAGACAGUGAUGUUGUGUUACCCUGCUCUCUCAGCACCACGGAGGACAUUACAUCUGAACUCUUUGACUGGAAGACAGUUCCUCCAAAAGAUGAAGGUCUGAAGGAGGUGUUCCUGUAUAACGACGGCAUUCAUUACAACAACGGUCUAGUUGGUCAGAGUGAAGAGUUCAAAGGUCGAGUCUCUCAUUUUCAAGAUGAACUGAAACACGGCAACGCCUCCAUAAUCAUCAGAAAUACAAAGAUAUCUGACAGUGGAGUCUACAGCUGUUAUUUUCCAAAUCUUCAAACACGUCAAACAUUCUACAUUAAGCUUGUUGUUGGUGCGGCGCCAAAACCAUAUGUCACUAUACUUCAGAAUCAGAAUCAGAAGGGACCAAAUGACCGGUCUCUGCUGCAGUGUGAGGUUCACGGUGAUCCAGAACCUGAAGUAGAGUGGCUGGACAGUGCUGGAAACACACUUCCUGCUGAGAAGACCCAGGUCAAACAAAACCUUUUCUACAUCACUCUCAGAACUACUGUGACCCAGACCGACCACUAUCGCUGUGUAGCAACACAGGAGACAAUCAGCCAUCAGGUUUCUAA